UCGUACAGAACUUGCGCAUUUCUACGCAUGUGUCUUGGUUUCGUGGCCUUGCAGUUUGGCUUUGUAUUUUUCUAAAUGAACCAAUAACAAACAUACAACUCUAAGAGGAUACCGUGAUUUCAUUAACAUGGAUUUUGAGGACAGUGCCAGUCUGUCUCAUCCCAGCUACCUUGAUUCAGAACCAUCUGUGUCAGUGGUUGCUAACAGUGAAGCUCAGUUCACAAUACCUCCUCUAGAUAUGCUGUUGGAAGAUUGUAUCAAUCUACUGGGGCCAAAUCCAUACUCUGUGGAACUUGUGGAGGACUGCAAGGACAGUCCCAGGCUUUCUCUUCCCCACAAACCUGAUCCCAGUUCCCCCCUGAGGAGCGUGACUGUACUGUUGGAAGACUGCAGGAAAUCACUGAGUCCAGGGUGCAGUAGUGGGGCUCCAAGUGCACUGUUGCCUCUCAAGAGAGUUCAAGUACUGCUGGAGGAUUGCAGGAAGAUGCUGGGGCCAAACGCGCAAUCAAUCGAAGUUGAGAUUAUGGACAGAAGAGAAUCAACUCAUUCAGAAGGUUUGGGAGCUAGCCCGCCUGUGGCUGAGCUAGGAACAUCUCGCCCGCCUGUGGCUGAGCUAGGAACAUCUCGCCCGCCUGUGGCUGAGCUAGGAACAUCUCGCCCGCCUGUGGCUGAGCUAGGAACAUCUCGCCCGCCUGUGGCUGAGCUAGGAACAUCUCGCCCGCCUGUGGCUGAGCUAGGAACAUCUCGCCCGCCUGUGGCUGAGCUAGGAACAUCUCGCCCGCCUGUGGCUGAGCUAGGAACAUCUCGCCCCCCUGUGGCUGUGGUAGAAACAUCUCGCCCGCUUAUGGCUGAGGUGGGAAGCCUAACCAACAUGGAGGGUUUGGAGAGAGCUCCCCUACACCAGCAGAAUAUGCAAAGAACUCAUCUGCAACAGAAGAAUAUAAGGAGAACUCCUCUGCCUCAGCGGAAUAUGUAGAGGAGAACUCUGCCUCAGCGGAAUAUGUAGAGAACUCCUCUGUAUCAGUAGAAUAUGAAGUGAUCUUAUUGGCACCAGCUGAAAAUGGAGAAAUGUCUUUACCUAUAGAGGGUGGAGAGAAUUCAUCUCCAUCAAAUGUAAAAUGGGAGGAUGCAGACAAAACAAAAAGACCACACCACUGCUCUCAGUGUGAGAAAUGUUUUAAAACACUAAAUUGUUUAAAAGUACAUCAGAGAAUUCACACUGGAGAGAAGCCUUAUCAUUGCUCUUAUUGUGGAAAGAAUUUCACUCAGCUUGGUUACUUUAAUAUACACCUGCGACAGCACACUGGAGAAAAGCCUUACCGAUGCUCUGAUUGUGAUCAAUGUUUUUCCCGUCCUGACAGUUUUAAGUUACACCAAAAAGUUCACAGAAAAGUUGAUACUCAAGAGAAGACUUACCACUGCUCUGACUGUGGGAAGAAUUUCUCUCGAUCAAGUUACUUUAAGAUACACCAGCGAAUUCACACUGGUGAAAAACCCUUUCACUGCUCUGGCUGCGAGAAGCGCUUUACUACUUCGGCUGAAUUAAAAUUGCAUGAGCUGGUACAUUCAGGAAUAAAACCGCAUCGCUGUGCUGACUGCGGUAAGAGUUUUUCUGUGCUUUCUCGAUUACGAAGCCAUCAAUUUAUACAUACUGGAGAAAAACCUUUCUCCUGUCAACAGUGUGGAAAAUGUUUUUCUGAGAAAUUUCGUUUGCAGACACAUGAGCAAAUACAUGCAGCAGAAAGGGCUUUUAAGUGCUCUGAUUGUGGGAAGGGUUUUGCCUUAAAAAGUUACUUAACAAUUCAUGAAAGAUCACACACUGGACAGAAGCCUUACAAGUGCCCUGUCUGUAACAAGGAAUUUGCACGAGGCAGUAACUUAAUAGCACAUAAGCGAGUACAUACUGGAGAGAAGCCUUAUCCCUGCUCCUUUUGUGAAAAACGAUUCUAUACAUCUACCGAUCGAAACAUUCAUCAGAGAAUUCACACAGGAGAGAAACCAUUCCCUUGCCCUAACUGUGAAAAAAGCUUCUGUGCAAAGGUUCAACUAACGUCUCAUCAGAGAGUGCACACAGGAGAGCUUCCUUACUCCUGCUCUGAGUGUGGCAAGGGCUACCCACACCUGCAAAGUUUGAAGUACCACCGUCAAAAACAACACAAAUUUAAAAACUCACCACUGAAAAAGGAUAAGAAGAAUAUUGCAUUAAAAAUAAAGUAACAUGCUAAAUUUCUCAAUGGUUUUAGUUUAUACUGGCAUUGGGCUUUAAAUAAUUGUGUUAUCUUGGUUGACUUGUUACAGGUUGACCGUAUAUAAGAUACAAAUAUAUAGAUGUUAUUUACUGAGCUGUAUUUGGCAAUGUCCAUUUAUAUAUAGGAUAAAAAAAUACCAGGAUUUCCAUAUAGGUAAAGCUGACUAAUGCUAGCUUAGACGACCAUCCAAAACAUUUAAAAAUCUGAGGUUGGAGUCCAAGUGUGGAUGUCAUAUUGUCUGAAAAGAUAUUACAAUUUGUAAGGAAAUGUUUUUGAUCCCUGCACCACUGUGUCAAGGCAUCUCCUGUGUUUGUAACAGUGUUGCAGUUGUUUUGUUAUCAGGUACUGUCUAUUUAUAAAUAAAAUACAUUUCCAAUAUAAUUUUUUGGGAAAAUGACCCUGAACAGAAUUGAUGCUGAGACUGGAUUGUCUGUGU